AUGUCGUUUUUGCCCUUUUGGGUAUACGCAGUUUAUAACGUGUUUUACACUACAGGUUUUGUUAUAAAAAAGUACACGCAAAAACCGAUGAGAGAGAUGAUAUGGUUGUUUGUGGUGGUAUUGUUGGGGGUGGCAAGUAUGGGAGGGGUUGAGGGUAGAAAGGUAAAAGCAUUAGAAGGGUCAUUAGAAUACACAGCAAUAAACUGUAGGGGCCAUAGUGCAUCAAUAACAGAUUUUGGAGGGGUUGGAGAUGGCAAAACUCUAAAUACGAGGGCCUUUCAGGAAGCAGUGAAUAAAUUGAGCCAAUACGGCUCAGACGGCGGGGCUCAGCUCUAUGUACCGGCUGGUCAAUGGCUGACUGGCAGCUUCAAUCUCACAAGCCAUUUUACUCUUUUUCUUCACAAGGAUGCCACCCUCCUUGCUUCCCAGGAUAUAAAUCAAUGGCCAGUGAUCGAUCCCCUCCCAUCGUACGGUCACGGAAGGGAUGCAGCCGGGGGAAGGUACAUUAGUCUUCUAUUCGGGACAAAUCUCACCGACGUCAUCAUCACAGGUGACAACGGCACGAUCGACGGCCAAGGCUUGCUUUGGUGGCAAAAAUUCCACGGGAAAAAAUUGAAAUACACCCGACCCUACCUGUUUGAGAUCAUGUAUUCAGAUACCAUUCAAAUAUCGAAUGUUACUUUCUUAAAUUCUCCAUCAUGGAAUGUUCAUCCGGUUUAUAGCAGCAACAUUAUUUUACAAGGGAUUACAAUUUUGGCUCCAAUUCAAUCUCCAAACACCGAUGGAAUUAACCCCGAUUCUUGCUCAAACACAAGAAUAGAGGACACGUAUAUUGUCUCGGGAGACGAUUGUGUAGCGGUAAAGAGUGGUUGGGACGAAUACGGUAUAUCAUACGGCAUGCCGACAGAACACCUGAUCAUCAGACGACUCACGUGCAUCUCCCCUUACAGUGCCGCCAUUGCCCUCGGAAGCGAAAUGUCAGGCGGGAUCCGCGACGUGAGGGCCGAGGACAUCGUCGCCAUCAACACCGAAUCGGCCGUCAGGAUCAAGACAGGGGUCGGCCGCGGUGGAUACGUGAAGGACAUUUACGUAAAAGGCAUGACGCUGCAUACCAUGAAAUGGGUGUUCUGGAUCACCGGAAACUACGGGUCCCACGCCGACACUCACUGGGACCCAAAAGCAGUUCCGAUCAUCCAGAACAUAAACUACCAAAACGUGGUGGCGGAAAACGUCACCAUGGCGGCCCGGCUAGAGGGGAUCUCGGGGGACAGUUUUACAGGGAUUUGUAUAUCGAACGCGACCAUCGGGAUGCGGGUCAAGGCGAAAAAGGUUCCUUGGACUUGUAGUGAUAUUGAAGGGGUGACUAGUGGUGUGGUUCCAAAGCCAUGUGACUUGUUGCCUGACCAAGGGGUUGAGAAGAUUGGGAUGUGCACUUUUCCACAAGAGAAACUAGAAAUAGACAAUAUUGAGCUUAAAAAGUGUUCUUAUGUAAUGGCUUAAUUGUGGGGCCCUCUUCUCAAAUACUUGUAUUUUAUGCAGUAAAAGUUAUACGUCGUACUGUAUUUGACGGUUUCAGAUGCAUUUGUAUUAUAUAUGGAGGUAGCGGAAUGUUUCUCGUGUUGUUAAAAUGGGUAUUGAUCAA